AUGGCUGCCUCCAGUGAACUCCUCUUCUACAUCAACGGGAAAAAGGUCGUGGAUAAAAACGCUGAUCCAGAGGAAAUGUUGCUGAGUUUUCUGCGGAGGAAAGUGGGUCUGACCGGGUCUAAGUCUGGCUGUGAGGGCGGGGGCUGUGGCGCCUGCACCGUCAUGGUUUCCAGAUACGACCAGAACCAGGAGAAAGUGAUACAUUACGCCGUGACCUCCUGUCUCCAGCCAAUCGUCACGCUGCACGGAGCUCACGUGGUCACGGUGGAGGGCAUCGGCAGCACCAAGACCAAGCUGCACCCGGUCCAGGAGAGGAUCGCUAAGGCCCACGGUUCUCAGUGUGGCUUCUGCACUCCUGGGAUGGUCAUGUCCAUGUACACUCUGCUGAGGAACAAGCCCCAGCCCAGUGUGGAGGACGUCAGGGAGGCUCUGUCUGGAAAUCUGUGCCGCUGCACCGGCUACAGGCCCAUCGUGGACGGGUUCAAGACGUUCUGUGGCUCUGCGUCUGGGUGUUGUCAGGACGGAGCCUGUGAGGAAAGCGACUCCAAAGACAGUGAAAUCUCAGAAGAGCUUUUCCUUCGGGACAGUUUCUUGCCCCUCGACCCGACCCAAGACCUCAUCUUCCCUCCAGAACUCAUGAUCCAGGCCCAAUGGCGCUCUGCAGAGACGCUGUGUUUCAGGGGGCAGCGGCUGACACUCGAGUCCCCCUCUGACCUGAGCCAGCUCCUCAAGCUCAAAGCCCAGCACCCAGAAGCCCCUCUGAUCAUCGGCAACACCAACACAGGUCCGAAUCUGCUGGAUUUGGGUCAGAACCGCCCUCUGCUGAUCUACGGCGGCCGAGUCUCCGAGCUCUGCAGACUGACGUGGUCCAAGGACGGUCAUCUGGUGAGGCAUUAA